AUGACUGACACUGCUGUUGAUUUUUUGUUGGAGAACUUGGAGCAGUUGAUCAUAGACUGCGAUAAAAGGAUGACUAAUAAAAACCAAAAACAAACUCAUCCAUCAAAGUCCACUGCUUUUGAAUUUUUCUUGGAGAACUGGGAGCAGUUGAUUCUUGAUCGUUAUCUAGAGGAACUCAUCCAGAAGGAACAAGUCGAAUGGUUUUAUAAGGAGAUGCAAUUCCUACGACAGUUUCUCAAGGAUUCAGAAGGGAAACGAAAUGAGCAAGAGGUGAAAGAUCUGGUGGCAAGAAUUAGAGAUGUCACUCACGAAGUUGAAAAUAGUUUUGACUUCUUUGCAUUCUUUGCUUCCAUGAAAUCCAUGCUUGAAGUGCCUAUACCCGUGAGGAGGGUAAAUAGGGUAGCAUCUUCAUCAUCAAUGGUAAAUAUUGUAGCAUCUUCAUCAUCAAUGGUAAAUAUUCCCAUACCAUGGAAUGAAAUUCUGGCUACUUCUAAGAUAAAGCUGAAUAAUGCCAUCACAGAGAUUAAUUCUAUCAAAGAAGAGCUGAUGAAGAUUUAUAAAUGGAACAUGUAUGGCAUCGGGGAGCCACAAAUUGGAAAGUCUUCCCAUCAAAGGUUGUUAAGAGCCACCAGCCCCAUCAUAGAGGAACUAAUCAUUGUGGGUUUUGUUGAUGAUACAACAAAGAUACUGGAGUUGCUUACCAUAUGUGAAAACCAACGAAAAGUCAUCCCAAUCAUUGGAAUGGCAGGACUUGGCAAGACAACUUUGGCCAAUAAAGUAUACAAUGAUCCCACCACUAAAUAUCACUUUUACAAGCAAGCAUGGAGCUAUGUAUCUCAAGUGUACCACAAGAGAGACUUGCUGCUUAGCAUUUUCACUUCUGCACAAAUCCAACUUCCAAGUAACGUUGACCAACUAAAUGACGAUCAGUUAGGCGGUGAGCUUUACAAACGCCUAAAGGGUUAUAGAUAUCUCAUUGUCUUGGAUGAUUUAUGGAAUAGCGAAGCUUGGGAUGACUUGAAAAGAUAUUUUCCGAAUGAUAAUAAUGGAAGUAGAAUAAUGUUCACCAGUCGAAAUGUAAAUGUGGCAGAGGCUUUGGAUGCUGAACCUUACAAUUUGCAUUUUCUAAAUGAUGAAGAAAGUUGGGAUCUACUGCAAAUUAGAGCAUUUCGGAAAGAAGGUUGUCCCACUGAUUUGAUUGAAAUUGGAAAGAUAAUCGCAAAAAAGUGUCGAGGAUUACCACUUGCAAUUGUUGUGUUAUCAGGACUGCUAGCAAAGAAAGACAAGACACAAGAUUGGUGGAGCUAUGUUGCUGAAAAUAUAAGUUCAUACAUUGUGAGUGACUUAGAGCAGUACAUGGAUACGUUAGCACUAAGUUACAAUAACUUGCCUCAUCACUUGCAACCAUGCUUCCUCUAUUUCGGAGCAUUCCCUGAAGACUAUGAAAUUCAUGUAAGGCAAUUGAUAUGGUUAUGGGUUGCAGAGGGAUUUAUACGACAAAAUGGACAAAAUGACCAGAAAAGCUUGGAGGAAUUGGCAGAGGAUUACUUGAUGGAUUUAAUUGACAGAAGUCUAGUAAUUGUUUCUAGAAAAAGGUCUAAUGGUGGGGUCAAAGCGUGUCGUGUCCAUGAUCUUUUGCGUGAUUUAUGCUUGAGAAAAGCUCAUGAAGAGAAUUUUCUUCGACAAAUUCCUUGGUACAAAGGGGUGGCGGCUUCUUCAAAUCCCGUUGCACAUCAGCAACGUCGCAUGUGCAUCCAUGAUAACCUUGUUGGUUAUACUUCUUCGAAGCAUUAUGAGUUACACAUCCGAUCUUUCUUGUCCUUUGGCCGCUCAUUAUAA